ACCACUUCACUGCUUUAAAUGCUCAACUUCUGCAAACCCCCCUUAAGGCAGCUCUUUAGUCUGCUGGUCCUUCUCUUUUUUUUCAGCCUUGAGGCAUCCAUCCUGAAUACUGCUUCCCAUCUGAAUCCCUACCAGGCAUGAAACUUCUGCCACUGCUUUUUUACCUGGGCACAGUGUUGGUGUCCCAGGGCUGUGGAUUCAGUGUGGAUGUGGACAUGCCAACCAUCUUCCAGGUGCCAACUAAGAGCUUUGGGGCCACUGUGGCUCAGACCACAAAUAUGGUGCUUGUUGGGGCCCCGCUUCAGAUUGGGGAAAUGAAUGAAGUGGGCAAACUUUAUCGGUGCACCUUUCGUACAAGAGCCUGUGAAGAAAUUAACAUUCAAAGACCAGUAGAUGCUGUCAAUAUUUCACUCGGUUUGUCAUUGGCUGUCCAUGAUUCUCAGGUCUUGGUGUGUGGGCCUACAGUCCAUCGAGCGUGUGGGGAGAACAUGUAUGUGAAUGGCUACUGUUUCCUUCUGGACCAGAAUCUCCAACAGCGCCAACACUUUCCAGAGACUUUGCCAGAAUGCUUGGCUCACCCAACAGACAUUGUGUUCUUGAUUGAUGGCUCCGGUAGCAUCAGUGGAGCAGACUUUGAAAGGAUGAAGCAGUUUGUUUCUGAGAUCAUCAAGAGACUCUCUGGCAGAGAUACACAGUUUGCUCUCAUGCAGUUUUCAGACGAGUACAAGGAACACUUUAAUUUCAACAGCAAAGACCCGGCACGACUGGUUAUGGAUAUCUCUCAGAUUAGUGGAAUGACCAACACAGCCACAGCCAUCAGGAAAGUUGUGAGGGAACUGUUCACGUCAAGAAAAGGAUCCCGGAAGGAGGCCACCAAAAUCCUUAUUGUGAUAACAGAUGGGGAGAAGUCUGACAACAUCCAGUACUGGGAAGUUAUUCCUGAGGCUGAGCAAGCUGGGAUCAUCCGUUAUGCUGUUGGGGUGGGUAGUGCAUUUUCAAGCAUCAGGGCCAAGCAGGAACUGGACGACAUUGCCUCUGAACCGGACGGGGAGCAUGUCUUCACAGUGUACAAUUUCGACGCUCUCAAAGGCAUCCAGGACCAGCUGCAGAAUAAAAUCUUUGCCAUUGAAGGUACAAAAUCUCAGAGCAGCAGUUCAUUCCAGAUGGAGAUGUCCCAAGAAGGAUUUAGUGCCCUUCUAACCCAAGAAGGGCCUGUCAUAGGAGCUGUGGGAUCCUACGACUGGACUGGAGGAGUGUUUCUGUAUCAAAACAGCAACAAGAAUCCAAGUUUUGUUAAUAUUUCCAGCGCUGCUAAGAACAUGGACAAUGCAUACCUUGGCUAUUCGUCUCAACCUGUCCAACUCAAUGGGAGAAUUGGUUUGGUGGUGGGAGCCCCCCGCUAUGACUACGUUGGCAGGGUUGUUCUGUUUGAGAAACAUGCCUGGAAUGGAGGAUGGCAACUGAAAACAGAAGCUGUUGGAGAACAGGUUGGUUCCUAUUUUGGAGCGACGCUGUGCUCAGUGGACCUAGAUCAAGACACAAACACAGACCUGGUUCUGGUUGGAGCCCCCAUGUACUAUGAUGGUAUCACAGGAGGAAGGGUCUAUGUCUGUCAUUUUAUGGAGGAAUCACUUCACUGUAGCACAUCUUUGAAAGGACAGGGGGGGCACAUUUUUGGUCGCUUUGGGGCCAGCAUGGCAGAAACAGGUGACAUCACUGGAGACGGAUGGAUGGAUGUGGCAAUUGGGGCACCCCUGGAGGAUGAGAACACUGGAGCCUUGUAUAUCUUUGCAGGGAAACCAACAACACUCAACCCCCAAUACAUCCAGCGCAUUGAAGGACUAAGGUUUACUGGAGGAUUCUUGUACUUUGGUCAAACUGUCAGUGGAGGAACAGAUCUUACAGGGGAUGGAUUGAAGGACCUAGUUGUGGGACAACAGGGACAGGUCUUGCUGAUGAGGUCUCGUCCUGUUCUUCAUAUGAGGGUCUCUAUUGAAUUCCACCCCACUUUGAUCUCUACUUCUGUCUUCAAGUGUCAGGGCCAAGAACCUUUGGGAAAAGUGGCCAGUGAGGCAAGAGUGUGCUUCACUGUUUCCAAAGCCACUGGGGAUAAACUAGGUUCUAUUGUUAGUGACCUUCAGUACAACCUGGCCCUGGAUUCUGAGAGAACAAAUAUUCGAGCCUCCUUCAUCUCUAAAUCUGCUGUUCUGAAUGCAAGUUUCCAGAUUGGGCUUGAACGGAAGUGCGAGGUUCAUGCCAUCAAAUUGCCUAUCUGCAUUGAGGAUACUUUGACUCCCAUCACCUUGCGGCUCAAUUACAGCCUUGUGGGGAAACCCAUUACUGCAGCCCAGAAUCUCCAGCCCAUCCUGAGCAAAGAGUCCCAGCAGAUCUACACUGCACAGCUCCCCUUUGAGAAGAACUGUGGCAGUGAUGGGAAAUGUGAAGAUAUUCUACAAACCUCAUUUACUUUCUCGGGCCUGAAUACUCUAAUUGUAGGCCUGACUCUUGAGCUCAAUGUAACUGCUUCCAUUCAGAACCAUGGAGAGGACUCCUACAGCACCACACUGAGCUUCUUCUAUCCUGUAGGGUUGUCAUACCGGAAGAUCACUUUGCUACAGCCAAGCAAGAAUGUUGCAAGCAUUAAAUGCCACUCAGCUCCUGUCUCUGAUGAACAAUACAUCAGGAACGCCACCUGCAAUGUCAACCACCCAAUUUUCUGGAGCAGAGCACAGGCUAUCUUUGUUGCCACAUUUGAUGUCUCUCCAGAUGCUCAUCUAGGGGACACUCUAUGGAUCAUGGCCAAGGCCAACAGUGAAAGUGGAGGCAACAUCACCAAGGAUAUGGUUCACCAAGCAGACUUGCCAGUCAAAUAUGCAGUGUACAUUGUGGUCAGCACCACUGAGGAAUCAACCAAGUAUGUCAACUUCACAGCUGGCCAAGAAGGAGCAAGCAAGAGUGUAGAACAUCGCUAUCAGGUGAAGAACCUCCGAAAACGAAGCAUCCCUGUCUCAGUGACAUUUCAGAUCCCAGUAAAACUGAAGGGCAUCCAGGUGUGGGAUGUAUCUCAAGUCAUUCCCUCUGAGCCUCAGAUCACCAACUGCACCUUGGAGAAAGAAACUGCAAGCACCAAGGAUUUUCCAUCCAUGGAGGAUCACCCUGUUUUGGACUGCUCUGUAGCCUCUUGCAAGACAAUUUGUUGUGACAUUCUGUUGCUGGAGUUCCAGAAAGAGCCCCUGGAAUUCAGGAUCAAGGGAAACGUCAGUUUCCAGUGGGCAUCUCAGAUCCAACAGAAUAAAGUGACCUUGGUGAGCUCUGCAAAGAUUUCCUAUGAUGACAAAAAAUACUCACAGAAAGAAGGCUUUGUCCAGACCAAGGUGCAAACAGUGGUGGAGCGCAUAGAGAACUACAAUUUCUUGCCUGUGAUCAUCGGCAGCACGGUUGGUGGGCUUGUCCUUCUGGGUCUCAUUGCUGCAGCCCUGUACAAGGUUGGAUUCUUCAAACGCCAGUAUAAGCAGAUGCUGCAUGACACUGGGUCUGGCAAUGAAGCCACAGAAACCUCCAAUCCCUCUCCUCAAGGGACAGACUCUUCUCCUCCAGAUAAAGAUGCUGACUACUAAGAACCCUCCAUUGUAAUUCUGUGGUAUUCUGGGGAAGGUGACUACCACAGGCUUGUUUUAUGAAUAAGAUGAGUCCAGCCAGAUCAGAGCAAAGGAUAAUCUAGCCCAACGUUUUUUUUCACACAGUGGCUAACCAGAUGUGCCCUGAGACAUGCACAAGCAGGAUUUGAGAGCAAUUAGCUUUCUCCACUGUUGCUUCCUAGUACAGUAACUGACAUUCAGAGAUACACUACCCCUAAAUGUGGAGGCGCCAUUUUGCUGUUACACCCCACUAACAAUCCCAUCAUCCAUGAAUUUGUUGAACAAUUAUUGAUCAUUCCAAAUAUGGAGGGAAACACAGUUGAUAAGAAAGUAAACCAGAACUUGAUGUUACAAUUUAUUAUCGAUUAUCCCCAGCACUGUGUGCCAUGUUUUGCAAUAUGAAUCUACCACUUACUUUGUGUGGGUGUGAUAGGAGUGUUGGAAAGUGACUUCAAUGGCAUUUCAGAAUGGUCUUGAUGAUGUUUGUCUUAAAAGAUCCUUGAUCAGAGGGGGUGGGAGGGGAGGAUCUGUUUGCAGCUGUGCCCUAGCACCAGCAUUUCAGUUCAGCAGUAGAAUUUAAUAAAGGAUCUCUCUCUCUCUCUCUCUCUCUCUGUGUGUGUGUGUGUGUGUGUGUGUGUGUUAGAGAAAGAGAGAAUCUCUGUGCCAGAGAAAACUGAAUUCUGUGACUUGGAUAAACUGUACAUUCUGGUAAAUUUAUGAAUCUUACUUGAUUUAUGCUCAAUGUGGUCACUUCAAAGGGGAAAGGGCUGUGCCUUCAAGACUGUUCAAAAAUGUAAGAUCUAAAGACUUAUUUGUAUGUACAGUUAGCCCUCCUUAUCCACAGAUUCUUUAUCCACAGAUUCAACCAUCCACAGUUUGAAAAUAUUUUUAAAAUAC